AUGCUCCAGCAACAACAACAACAUCGGUUUCCACCAAUUACAAAACAGCCUCGUUUUAAACUUUUGAAAGAUGUUACACAACAACCAUAUCAUAUUGGUACGGUUCGAUAUUAUCCUAAUAAUAGUACAAAAACUUUAAAAAAUAACAAUGAAACAGAUAAUGAUGAUAGUGAUUAUGAUGUACCGGAUCCAGGUGGUGAAGUAGUUGAAAGAAAUAGAAAAGAUCGUGAACAACGUAUUGCUGAUUAUACCAAAGAAGAACUUGAUAAAGUUCUUAAACGUGUCGAUAAUACUUUGAAUAAUUAUGAAUAUUCUGUUCAAGCAUCUUUACUUCAACAUGGAAUGACACGUGAUGAUUUGAAUAGUAUUGAACAUGUCGCUGAUGUUCGAGAAUUAGAAAAUUUAUUAAAUGAUAGUCUUGCUAAACAACGAUAUAAACAACGUUUAAUGGUUUUUAUUGUUGGACAAACAGAACAAGCAAGUGAAAAAGCUAAAUUACUUCAACAACUCGGACAGUUUUUUAUUGAACAAAAACAAAAUUUUAGUGGUGCUGAAUUUAAUGAUUGUGAUGAUUCAGGUGAUACUGUUGAUGAAGUUGAAGAAGCACUCAAAUCAUUUGAUGUUAAAGAUUGUUACCUUCAUGUUAAAGCAUUAGGAAAUAGAAUAAAUGAACUUAAUGAAGAAAUUAUUCAAUUUUUAAUACAAAAUACUGGAACUAAACAAACAAAAGUUAUGGUCGAAAGAGGAAAACGGAAAUUAGCUCAAGUGACUAAGGAAGCGAAAGAACAAUUAGCUGACCUUCAAUCAAAACUAGAAAUCGCGAAUACAGAAAUGAUGGGAAAAGGCGAGAAAAUUCAAACGUUAGAAAAAGAUAUUGAAGGAAUACGUGUUGAAGUUAAAACAAGUCAAGAAAAUCAAAAAAAAACAUAUGAUGAUCUUAAAAAACGUGAAGCUGAAGUUAAAUUUUACAAACGAAAAAAUAAUGAAUUUGAAGAAAUUGUUAGUCGAUAUAGAAUUCAAUUUGGAGAUAUACCUGGUAUCGGUAUAUUAACAUCUGCAAGUCAAUCAGAAAUAGAAGAUGGUGAUGAUGCAUCAAAAAUGAAUUUGGAAACAAUUGAUGAAACCGAAAGUAAAUAUGAAAAAGAAAGUAUUUCAAGUCAUAUGGGUAAAGAACCAGGUCAACCAACCAUAGGUCCUCCGACUACAACUGAACCAACAACAACUAAUGUAACAAAACCUUUACCAGGAACAACUACUGUUCCACCAUCGACAGUAGAAAAAGUUUCAAAAAAAGCUAAAACUCGCGAAAAAAUAAAACGAAAAACAAUUCGUUCGAAAAAAGAACCAACAAAUCAAAGUGGUGCCGAAGAUCCAAGUGAAAUUUAUCGUCGUAGUCAAGAAUUACUUGAAUCAUUAUUAGCUGAUAAAAGUGAACUAGCUCCUGAUCUUAAUUUAUUAUUUAAACCAACACGUGGUAUCGAUUUAAAUAAUGUAACUAUUGACAAUUUACCAACAGCAUUUACCAAUCUACGAAGAUUUACCAUUAUUCGUGUGAAAGAAUUAUUAAAAGAACUCGAAACAAAAGAAACAAUAAACAAGGAGACAGUACAAAUUUUAAAACAAGAAUUUGUUGAGCAUAAAACAACAUAUGAAAAGGAACGACUUCUUUACUUUCUAAGUCUUGAUCCAGACGAAAAUACAUUGCAAGAGGAACAAAACGCAUUAACUGAAAAAGCAGAUCAUGCACAUAAAUUACAAUUAAAAGCACAAAAAACAGCCGAAGAAGCAUUAAAUCAUUUAGAAUUAUUUAUGGUUGAACAAGAAAGAUUGGAUCAACAAGACGUUGCUCGUCAAACUGAUCUUGUUCAUCGUCAUUCCGUUGUUGUUAAUAAUAUGACUGGUGCUAAUAUAACUCCACCAGAUCAUACUACUCCUAUUGAAAAUAUUCUGAAUGAUCGUUUAUCACCUAAUCCAAAGCGUAUAUCAUCAUCAAAAAGUCAAUGGCAAAAUUUAUCUGUUAUUGAUAGUGGAUCAAUAAAUCCAGAAAUAACUGAUGAAACAAAAUCAAUUAUGUAUGAAACAGUACAAACAUUACAACGUUUAUCUAGUAAUCAUAAAACAACACCACCUAAACAAACUCAACGAACAGAUUCUAUUGAACAAUCACCUUCAACACCAUUAUUACGUCAUACAACACAAGAAUUAUUACGUAAAAAAUCUUCUCUUGAACAACCACAACAACAAGAUCGUUCAACAUCAUCAUCACGUCGUAUAAGUGCAGCUAUGAAUGAUGAUUUUAUUCCAUUAUCAAAAGUAGUAACACCACAACCAUUUGACCGUACACCAUCAAUGUCAUCACGUCCAUUAACACGAUCAAAUUCAAUGAAUCCAGCUAAUAAAGAUCAUGAUAAAUAUUCUAGUGGUGAACGAUCUUAUUAUGCAUCUGGUGCACAAUCACGUCGAGUAUCAAUAGGUUUAAAUCGUUCACCUGUACGAGCUGAAGAACUUGAAAGAGUACUUACUAAGCUUGUUAAUGAAGAAAUUGAAGCUUUAGAAGAUUUUCGACGAACAUCAGUUAAAAGUCGUACAUCAUUACGAGAAAAAUAUAUGUCUUUAUUAGAAGAAAAAAAACAUGAAUUAGAUGAUCUUAAACAACAAGCUACUAUUACUUUAUCACGACCAACAACAUCAACAAAAGAUAGAAGACCAUUUGAAUCAUUAGAAAAUAGUACAGGUCUUGUCAAACAACCAUCAACAAUUUCUCCAUUGGAUAGUAGUAGCCCGGGUGAAUUUAUUGGUAACAAAGAAAAUCGAACAACUGUAAUAAAACAUGAUCAACAACAACAAACAUCACCUAAUGAUUCUCGACUAUCAUCUGCUCAUAAAGAAAAAUCAAAUAUUCCUCCACCACAAGUCAUACACAGUGAUCAAUUUAAAGUUCCAUUUUUUCAUUUAUAUGAAACAAUCUAUAAAUUUCGUCAUUCAAUCAUAAAUUUACUUGAACAAAAUAAAUUUCUUUCACUUGCUGAUCGUCUUGAUAUGAUUAAACAAUUAUCAACAUCUGAUAAUAAUAUAACAAAUGAUUUUGUUGAUAAUUCUGAACGUGUACUUAAAGAUACAGUUAAAGUUUUACAAACAUGUAUGACAACAUUAAUAUCAACAAAAAAUGAAAAUGAAAAUGAAAAUAAAAAAAAAGAAUCAUCAUCUGAACAAUCUACAGCAACAACUAUGCAAACAUCAACAAUUAGUCAUGAUCAAUUAUCAAUUAUUCAACAAAAAGAAUCUAUUAUCGAGGAUUUAAGUAAUAGACAUAAACAAAUAUCACAAGAACUUGAUGAAAAUAAUAAAAAACAUAGUGAAGAAAUAGUACAAAAUGAACGUAUGAUUACUGAUCAACAAAAAUUAAUUCAAAAUCUUCAACGUGAAUUAAUGCGCCUUCAAAAACGUUUAUCAAAAGUUGAAACUGAAGGCAUUGUACAACCAAGUAUUAUGUUUACUCGUCUUGAUGCCGAACGUAAUGAAAACGUACUUAAACAAGCUGUUGAUAAAGGAAAACUAUCCGAAACUACAAUGAGUGAAAUAAGUGAAGCAAUGGAAGAUUAUGUUCGUUUACCAACUCAACAAUUUAGUAAUGUUGUUAAACGAUAUAUUCAACAUCGAAAAGCAACUGAACUUGAAGAUCGUAUUCAAAGUGAAACAUUUGAUAAUGAAACAAAAAGUGUUAUGGAAAGAAUGGGAUCAUUUUACGAACGACGUUCAGGAAAAAUAAGUGAACGUAUAUCAAGUAUUCGUCAACAUCGUACAACAUUAGCACGAACAUUAACAGAAAAAUUUGAUAAUCUGGAACAUGAAAGUAGUAUAUUUUUAAUUCGUCCAGUUUAUUCUUAUCAAGGACGAACUGCUGUUCAAUCUUAUAUGGAAAAUGAAAAACGACGACAAGAAUCAUUAUUAAAAGGACAAGAUAAAAAGAAAAAAUCACAUCGUAGUCGAUUAUCAGAAUCUACAAGUGAUCAACAUACUGAUAGUAAUAGUCGAGAAAUGGUUACAGCAUUAUCAACAACAAGUACAUCCGAUGAAGAUGAAAGAUUAUUUAAUAUUGAUAAAACUUUUACUGCACUAAGACCAACACCAGCUAGUCAACAAUCAUCUCAACAUGCUGAAUCAAUUAGUGGAAAUCUUAAUACAGAUAAUAAACCAAAACCAACACAAUUAAGUGAAAUAUCACGUUUACAAGAAUUUGAUAUUCAACGUACAUUAAUGCCAAUGUCUCAUGCUAGUGUACCAUUAUCAUCAGUUAAUUCAAAUAAUGGAACUGAUCCAUCUGUACCAUCAGUUAAUUUACGUUCUUAUGUAACAUUAUCACGACCCGGUAUUGGUACAAAUAUUCGAAAUGAAAAAACAAAUGAUACUAUUCAUCCAGUUUCGAGAACUGAUUUAUCUACUUUAUCAGUAACAAGUCAAUUAACAAAUCCUCGAACACCAUUUAAUUCAACUGUUGGUGAUUUAAGACGAGUAAGUCCACCUUUACCACCAAUAAAACGAUCAUUGACAACAAGUGGAUCACCAACAAUUGAUGAAAAACAAGCUGAUGAAUUUAUUCCAUCGGUUAGUAGUAAUGAAUUUGCUCCAACUGAUCAUACAACAACAGACGAUAAAACUGAAGAGAAAUAA